AUGGUUAAGUGUUCUCAAUGCAACAAAAUUGUUCCCAAGAAGUCCCCAGGGAUCCAGUGUGGUAAAUUCAGCAAGUGGACACAUGGGGAAUGUACUGCAAUCUCGGAAGAGCAACUUAACGUAUUAAAUAGUACCGACUCUGUUGAUUGGAAAUGCCGUACGUGCACGGGUACAGCGAAACCGAAAAGAAUUUCAUGUAUUAUUCCUGACGCAGAAGAAGACACAGGUUCCAGCUCAGAACUGCAAUACAACACCCUAAUGAGAAAAAUAAUCAGCGACAUAAGGAGAGAAUUACGAGAAAUUAUGCAACAAGAACUUCAAACUACCUUACAAUUUUUCUCCGAAAAAAUGGAUGAAUAUCAAGAGAAAAUUAAAGAAUACGAAAUAAACUUGAAAUUAACUGACAACCAAAUAAAAGACAUAAAAACAACUAAAAAAACGUGUCACUAA